AUGUCUUAUUUCAUGUUGAAACGCAUCAUUCCAAGAAUACAACCUCUACCCAGAACAGUGCACUAUCGCACUAUAGCAACACAACAGCCACCACCAGCACCACAACAACCAGCAUCCAAAACAAAGCAGUUCAUGAAGAAGUAUGGCUACGUCGGUAUCGGCGUAUAUCUGGCUUUGGGCACUGUUGAUUUGACAACCACGAUGGCGGUCAUUAGCGUGAAAGGCGCAGAUCGUGUGAAAGAAGUAGAAGACUACAUGAUUGGAAAGGCCAAGGGCUGGAUUGGCAUGGAACAUACACCACUAAAAAAGAAUCAAGCGCAUGAAAAGCCAUCAUUAACGUCUAUAUUUGUGAUUGCCUAUGGCAUCCACAAGACGGUCCUGCUGCCAUUUCGAUUGUCUCUCACAGCUGCCAUAACACCUGCUGUCGCUAAACGGUUGAAAAACUGGGGAUGGCUCAAGAAUAAGCUUGUCAAGAAGUAG